AUGUCACCAAGGAAGCGCGACCGCGGGACUUUGUCUUCCUCGCCUCAAAGUCAUACUGACAAGCGACCUCGAAUCAAAGAGGACGAUACUGGCAAAAGGUCAUCCCAAAGCGAGGGAGAAGCCCCCAUGGACCUUGCCUCUAGCUCUGAUUCUGAGCCAGACACAAUAACCACAGUGAGGCCCUUUUCCAACUCGCUCACACACCAGCGCCCUGCUCCUGCACCAGAAAGCGAGACCUCCGAAACCGAUAGCACGACGGCUUCGACAACAGACGAUGACUCGGAUGACAACGACGAGACCGAAGGUGACAGGGACAGCGAGGAGAACACGGGUGUCGUCAGCUGGGGAUGGGGUGAUGCUCAUUUUCAGUAUGAGCUUGAUCCUGUCCGGGCAGUCGGACAAGACCAAGAGCAGGACACCCCAUACUCUGAUCCUCGGAUCCCUCUCUGGCAGCAAGAAGAUCGGAUCUUCGCAGAUGACAUCCUCAAGGAGUAUCCAGAGAUAGCCAGUCUCGUGGCCGUGAGUGAGUCACACGGACCGCUUGAGAUCGACGGGGUUCCGCAGCUUUCUCUCUUUUGCGACGGAUCCAUGAAGGACUCAAAUUUCGAAGGAUGGAAGAUGGGAGGUUAUAGUGUAGCCUUCCGUGACCCAUUCUUUGGCACGGGCGACUCCGUUUCCCAAGCGGAUCCAGCGCGGUUUCUCGCAAAGCAAGCCGUUCGAGAGCAUUUACAGGUCUCAAGCUUUCAGCAGCAGGAAGAGAAUGAGAGCCGAGAAGGUCUUGCUCAAGUGGCAGACUUCACCAUCCUCGAAUAUGCCACCCAGGCCCUUUCCGUUGGCCACGUUGAGCUGGGCGCAAUUUCGCAAUGCUUGGAAGUAGGUAUAAUGCUACAAGACGAACAUCAACGGGAUUCUAUGAAGAUCAGAGUCUUCACAGACUCUGCCGCAGCCGUUGAGCGGCUCGAGUUUGGCAUUCUCCCCCUGGACAGUGACGAAGGAAGUUUCUUUCGCUGGUCCACCAACCCGCUAGUCCGAACCAUUGUCUGGCAAUCACAUUACCUUACGAGCUCCUUGGGAAGAAGCCGAUUUUGCCAGACAAAUCUGCCUGCUAAUGCCAGAGAUGGGAUAUUGGACAAGCUGCACAAGUGGACCGAAGAUGUAAUUAACUGGGAGCCCAAAGAGCAACCGGAGAAGAACCCGGAGGAGCAGGGGGCGGAAGAUUAG